CCACACUGCCAAAAAGGACCCCGCGGAGGCAGUCGCCAUGGAAACGCGGCCCGCGGACUCCCUGCGCCUUCUCGCCCCACUAGUACUGCUGCUGCUCCUAGGGGCGGUGCGGGGGUCGCCGGCAGCUUACAGAACGCCACAGCCUGUUUUUGAAGAGAGAUAUUUUCAGCAGUGGCUGGACCACUUCAAUUUUGAAACCUACAGCAACAAAACCUUUGCCCAGAGAUACCUCAUCACAGAUAAAUUCUGGAAGAAGGAUGUCGGACCCCUCUUUUUCUACACCGGGAAUGAAGGAGACGUCUGGGCCUUUGCUCAGAAUUGUGGCUUCGUCCUGGAGCUGGCUGAGCAGCAGGGAGCCCUGGUGGUCUUUGCGGAGCACAGGUACUAUGGGAAGUCACUUCCGUUCGGAGCUGCGUCGCUGCAAGGGGAAAACGCUGGCUUGCUAAGCGUCGAGCAAGCCCUCGCCGACUACGCCGUGCUUGUCAGAGAGCUGAAGUGGCAAUACAAAGCGCGGGAUGCGCCCGUCAUCGCUUUUGGAGGCAGUUAUGGGGGGAUGCUCAGCGCAUACAUGAGAAUGAAGUAUCCCAACGUCGUGGCUGGCGCGCUCGCUGCCAGUGCCCCUGUGCUCUCCGUGGCUGGGAUAGGAGACUCCAGCCAGUUCUUCAAGGACGUCACGGCGGAUUUUCAGAACUACAGUCCGGACUGCGCCACGGCUGUACAGGAAGCAUUCCGGCAAAUCAAUGACCUGUACCUGGCUGGAGCUUACGAGCAGAUCAGCAGUGAGAUGUCUACUUGCGAAAAGCUUUCAACCAAGGGUGACAUCUACCAGCUCUUUGAAUUUGCCCGGAACGCCUUCACCAUGAUGGCUAUGAUGGACUACCCUUACGAGACCGACUUCAUGGGCCAUUUCCCAGCGAACCCUGUCAAGGUGGGCUGCGAACUGAUGCUGGAGCAGAAGGACCGGAUCCGAGGCUUGGCAGCAAUUAGCGGGUUAUUCUACAACUCCACUGGCACCGUUCCAUGUUUUGACAUUUACAAGCAGUACCGGAAAUGUGCCGACCCCACCGGCUGCGGCACGGGCUCAGAUGCCGAUGCGUGGGACUAUCAGGCCUGCACCGAGAUCAACUUAACGUUCGACAGCAACAACGUGACCGACAUGUUCCCGGAGAUCCCCUUCACAGAAGCCGCCAGGGACCAGUACUGCUUCCGGAAAUGGGGGGUUCGCCCCCGGCCCUCGUGGCUCUCCACUGACUUCUGGGGCAGCGAUCUGGCUGCUGCAAGCAACAUCAUCUUCUCAAACGGAGACUUGGACCCCUGGGCAGGAGGCGGAGUUAGAAAGAAUCUGAGCUCCUCGUUGAUCGCCGUCGUCAUUAAGGGAGGUGCCCAUCACCUAGAUCUCCGGGCCUCCAACCCGGCCGACCCGCCCUCUGCCAUAGAGGCCCGUCUCCAGGAAGCAAGGAUUAUCCGUGACUGGGUGAGAUCAGCCAAGGCCAAGACCGCCGGGGCAAAGGGAUCGCCUGGAGCCUUCAAGGGAGUCACCCCCAACGACUAUGCAGCCAGCCUUUAACAGGAGUUGUCCACGCGACACUGCGGUGCCAAAACUGGCCAGACAUUCUGCUGGACAUUGGACAUGCAGAGAGGGCUGCCAAGGCAGUGACAUGUCUUGCUGCAGGGUUGUACAAGCAAGAAUAAAACCGGAGGGACCCUCAGGAGCUUCA